UACAAAUUCCCUUGCUGGGUCGGGGUGGCGGGGUCGGCCGGGGCUGUUGUGGGAAGGAAGGACUCUCCUUGUGCCUCUGCAGCACCUUCAGCGCUUCCCUGGGGUGUGCGGUACAGUGUCAUUAGCGCUGGGAGAGGGCUCCGGAAACGUGGCUGAGCCGUGCCUGGAUGCGGGGUGCGCAUCCUUGUUCGGGUGCCACCAGCGAGGGGUCGUGCUGGGGACAGGAGCUCCAGAGCCGCCCCGGCCCCGGGGAAGGUGCGCGGUGCCGCUGCCGGGCACCGGCCGCGGAUGAGCGGUAGGAACCGUGCUACGUGGCAGGGUAGUGGGCUGGAGACACUUGUGUGUUUCUUAUCGCUUCAAAUAAUUCAGUGUUUCAUUUCGCUAGAAAAUAUCCGUAAAUGCCUGGCGUUAACUAGGCUUGAAAGAGGACGUGGGGUUUGCUUUGGCGUUGUUGGCAGAGUCCUCUGUUUUGAAGUGAUUAUCGCUAAGUUUGUUGCCCAGCAGAAGUUCAUGUAACUGAGGAAGAUCUAGGUGCAGAGACUCCCUUAGCUAGACCUUCAUGAAAAUUUUGAGGCAGGCUGGAAACCUGCAGCCAAAGGAUUAUUAGUUAUUUACUUACCAAAGUAUGUAGUAGUUAAAUUUUGCACGUUUUUCCUUCCACUCUAUGCAUUUCUUGUGUAAAAAGAAACCCAGCAUGUUUCUUCUUAUGUUAAAUUGAAAAAUCCUGUAUGAAAGACCAAAAUCCUUAUCGUGUUUACAUGAUGUGUUUCUUGUCUCAGUACCAUCUAUAGUCAAGAUGUCCAUAUGGGUACAAGAGAUAAAAAGUAAGCUGAAAGAUGGUUCCAUGUUUACUGCUCACUGGAUCAGGAUUCAGUUCUCUUUUAAGAGAUCUGUAAAUUUUCCAUUACACCUAAUGAUUUGAGCUGUAGUGGGGAAUUUUUACAAAUUUCUUAGCUUAAUUGGUGGCCCAGAACAAGUGUUAAGUAUGGUUUAACAAAAUUGGAAGGUACAGAAUAUAAUAAAAAACAGAGUUUGACUUAAGCUAUCUCCUUCUGCUUCUAACUUCAUGUAAAGAAUAAUGUUGAAAUAUGUUACUAGCACAUUUUCUCCCUGUAAAAUUCCCAUUCCUACCUCUUGGGUGUUCCAGAAGUUUAGGGGUAUUGUCUCCAUGUGGUUGCUUUAAUUGAGAGAAUCAUCAUAUUGAUUCCUGUAGACCCCUGCAACAGGUUUUUUGUUGUUUAAUGUGUUAGUAGUAUAACCAUAUUUUUCAAAGUUUAAUUAAAGUUUUAGAUCACAUUUACAGCAAUCUUACAGUUUCAUUGUAACAUUCAGCAGUCUCUGAUAUGUCCACUUCAUCUGUUUUAUUUUUGCCUUAUGUCUUCUGUUGGCAGUGUUUUAUAACAUAAUUAUAUGAGAAAUGCUUCUGCCUUUUUCAGCUGAUGACUGAUUAAACUUUGCAUUGUUAAUUGUUGCUAAGAAAAUAUUAGGAAAACUCUUGGAUAUUUUUUCUCCAUGUAUGGACUUAUACAGAAUUUGAGAAUCUAACAGAAAAAAACGUCAGCAUAUGUGAGCAAUAAAGCAGAAAUACAAGUUUGUUACUGACAGAAUAUGUGCUGCUAAAAAUGUAUGUAUAGAUACUGUCAUUUCAAUUUUCAGAAGAAAAUGCUGUCUAUUUAACUGCAGAAGAACAAGGCUUUGUCUUCCUGUAAUUCUGAAGUGAAAGUUAUCAUCAACAAGAAAACUAAAACCUUUAAAAGAUAGGCAUUAGUAGUAGAAUGCUGAAACAAACUUCUGGAUUAGCUUCAUUGGCUUUCCUGCUUCUUUUGCAUCCCAAAGCAUAAACUUAAAUCGUCCCAGAAGGACAAGGUCCGCCAGUUUAUGGCAUUUACCCAGGCUGGUGAAAGGACUGCUAUAUACUGCUUAACACAGAAUGAAUGGAAACUAGAAGUGGCAACAGACAACUACUUCCAGAAUCCAGACUUGUACUACAAAGAAUCCAUGAAAAAUUCAGUAGACAAGAAGAAAUUAGAACAAUUAUAUAAUCGAUACAAAGACCCACAAGAUGAAAAUAAAAUUGGCAUUGAUGGGAUUCAGCAGUUCUGUGAUGAUUUAAGCCUGGACCCAACCAGUAUCAGUGUUCUGGUUGUGGCAUGGAAAUUCAGGGCAGCUACGCAGUGUGAAUUCAGUAAAAAGGAAUUUAUUGAUGGCAUGACAGAGUUGGGGUGUGACACCACAGAAAAGCUGAAAGCUCUAUUGCCAAGGUUGGAACAAGAGCUAAAGGAUCCAGCAAAGUUCAAAGAUUUUUAUCAGUUUACUUUUAACUUUGCUAAAAAUCCUGGACAAAAAGGUUUAGAUCUAGAAAUGGCAAUUGCAUACUGGAAUUUAGUCUUGUCAGGAAGGUUUAAAUUUUUAGAUCUUUGGAAUAAAUUUUUGUUGGAACAUCAUAAAAGAUCAAUUCCAAAAGAUACUUGGAAUCUUUUGUUAGAUUUUGGAAAUAUGAUUGCAGAUGAUAUGUCCAACUAUGAUGAAGAAGGAGCAUGGCCUGUUCUAAUAGAUGAUUUUGUGGAAUAUGCACGACCAGUAGUCACAGGAGGAAAACAUAAAACUUCCUAACCCCAGAUUUGUUGAUAUGGACUAAAUGAACUGCAGUGGGUAAUGAAGAUUUGUUAGCUGAUAGCUGCACACUGGUGCUGGUUUCAGUGGCUGAGAUGACAUUCUGCAGACAAAACUGAAAUUCCUCCUUUCUGCCUAAAGAAAAUGAUGACGGACAUGUGGACACUUCAAGAACAAACUCAGAAGAUCCAAGCUGUUUGUAGGCUAUUGGCUUCAAUUAUUGUACUGGUUGUAUCAUAUAGGAUGUAGAUUUUGCAUGUUUUUAUACUUUGGAGAAGUUUAACUAGAGGCCAUUUUAUUAAAGUUUUGACAGCACAGCAUGCCAUUCAGUUCAUAAUCCAAAGUGAACACCAGCAGUUACAUAAAUAAAAAUGUAUUAUAUUGUACUUAUAUUAAAAGCAGUAUUUGUGGUAUAUAAAUUAAAUCCAUAAAUAAAACUUAUGCAGUAUGUUGUAUUUUUAUAAAAGUUCUGUGGAUCUGUCUUGCUACAGAAUUGUAAAAAAACCUCAAACGAAUGAACAUAUGCUUUUUUUGUUUUUAAUUUAUUGCCAGAAUGUUACAUCUGUAUUUUCACAUCCUUGAUGUAUACAGUCAUCACAUCCAGCCUUUUGCUUUCUCCCAAUGAAUUUGCCUUCCUCAUUUUUCUUCUUGAAGUGCUUGGACAUGUAACAAUAGCAUUGCUGAGGACAGGCUGCUGCUCUAUGCUGUGUUGCAACUCCAGCUUUUUUUAGUAACCGUUUCAAAGCAGACAUUAAACAACCAAAGAUGCUUUUAUAAUUCAUGUUUAAUUACCAUAAUUCAGUUAGUCUCCAAUUAUGUAUUUUAUUUAUUUUAAUAAGGAACUGGUGGACUAUGGAUUUUAUUUGUAGCUCAAAACAUAUCAUAAAUUCUAGGUAAACAUAACGUAGUUGCAAAUUCAUUUCCUGGCACUUCUCACAGAAAAUAGAUGCAAGUAAUCCCACAGACUUAACUAGUUGGCUUCCAUGGUGGAGAAAUAGUUAGGGGUAAGGAGACUUUAUAUUUAUGAUUAUAAGUAUUCAUGCCUGUGACUGUGUUGUUCAUUCAAUUAUAUUUAAGUCUUCUGUUUCUCAUCAGUGUCUUCUGAUGUCUAAGCACAAAAAAGUUUUACCAGAAACUAUUUGGCGUGUCUUCACACAGGGCUCUUGCAAAUGCUACCUCAUCAAAAUGAGUGUGUCAUAGCCACUGUAAAAGUUUGUUAAAAUGAAGAGUUGCUAGAGAGUAUGUACAGCUAUGAUCAAUAUAUUUUCUGUAUUUAAGGCUGAAUAGAUGCAAGAAUUUUGGAGAAAAUAGUGCAUUAAGUUAUAUAAAUUAUAUCUGUUUGGAUCAUUGAAGUGUUGCAUGACAACAGACUCUUUUAUUUUGUAGUUGCCAGGGUAUAAAAGCUUACAAUAUUCUCUUAAACUCUAAUAUUUAGAGUUUCAUACAAGCAUUAUGUCAACACAACCUGCAAGGACAAGUGUACAUGCUGUAUACAGAGACUGCCUUUGUUCUUCAACUUGCUAGAAUUUCAGUUGUGCAUGACGUUUAAAAAGCAAGAUUAGGGAAGAUUUCAACAAAUUAGUGAUUUUUCUCUUAGUAAGAGCCUAGCAAGCAAGAUACAAAUACCCAGUGAGUGGUUUGUUAUGCAUAUUUGUCUUUUUUUUUUUUUUUUUUUGGAGUGUUAGCCCUGGCCAAACAGCCGCCAGGUGUCAGCGUCUGAGCCUGCUGCUGCGUGGUGCUCCUGUGCAGUUAGUUACCCACUGAGGUUAUACCAAAUUUCUGCUUUCUGACUGCAUCUUUUUAGAAAGGCAUUUGUGUACAUAACUCCAAGUAUUCUACAGAAAUCAGCAGAGAGCUAGAAGUAGUUAUACUGUUUUUACUGCAUUUGAUUUAUGUACACCUCCUCCCCAAAGCUAGCCAUUUCUAUAUCUGUCCCACAGGCUUUGCAGAAUGUGUAACAUCUUACAGCAUCAAUUGCAUUUAUCUAGCCAGAAGCAGUGGAAUGCUUGUUCCUCACACAAUUGCCACUUAAAAUAUAUAGAUAAAAUAUAAAUGACCAGAAGUAGCUUAAUUUAUUGGUAUGUGAUGUAACUGAAGUUUCAUAGCAUUAGAGCUUGUGAAACAUUUGCUCAUGAUGAGAGCUCCAUCAAAUCAUUCUGAUGAACCUUCUACCUUUUAGAAUAAAUAGAGCAUAAAAAUGCAUGUGAGUUGAGGGUUUUUUCCCUUGUUAAUCAGAGCAAGAAGGAAGGGGUGCUUAGCCCAGGAUUUGGUGUGUGUGUGUGUGUACAUAUAUAUAUAUAUAUAUAUAUAUAUAUGUACACACACAUUUAAAUCUCAUUCCUGGGGGGAUCCUUCAUGGGUGACAGUGGAAGACUGGGCAAAAUACUCCAGAGAUAGUAGCUGGUCCUUGUGAGCCAGUUUUUGAGGUUUGCUAUGCUUUUCCUUUUUCUUUUGUUCUUCCUGGUUCUCUACCCAUUUUAAACCACAGGUGAUUUUUACAUUCCCAUAUGAAGUAACACCUUAAUACUUGAACAGUCGUAAAAAAAUGCAAAUAAGCUGCUUUCACCUCACAAGUUUGUUACAUAUUUUAAUCAUUUGCUGCUGUCCACAGUUUCACUUUACAGGGUACUCUGACUUCCAUUUUAAGUAAGCUGAUACAGUGGUAACACCUAGGCUACUCAAUUUAUAAUCCUAAAUGGUACGGAUGUCUUCAAGUUGUUCAGUGCGUACAGUAUUACUUCACAGAUAUGCUGUAUGUAUUUUUAAACUUGGUGCCAAGUUGUUUGGUUUGAAACUGAGCCAUAGGAUUUGUACUUGCCAAUUUCUAAAUUUAAAUGUAAUUUAUCAUGUGUGUCAUGCCAAGGAGAGCAAACCUGCAGGCAUCUGCUUAUUCAAUGCACCUGGGAGAUUUGCUGCUGAGUAAGCUGUACAUGUGUGUAUAUUUUUUGGCAAUGGAAAAAGGAAUAAAUGGACUGUCAAAG